UUUGUCAACAACAGCCUAGAUGGUUACGACUUUCCCUCGUUCACUUCAGGCACCAGAUCAAACUUAAUUGUUUUUAAAUUGACCUUGCUUUAAGCUUGAGUGAAGAUCAGAAAAGUGAUAAAGUUUUGUGGGCAGUGAUUGUUUUUCAAGAAGAGAAGAGAGCACUCAAAUUGCAGAAGUUUUUGGAUUUUGUGGAAGUAAUUUACUCCCAGCAAAAUUUAAAAUAGUUUAAUUUUUGCAAUUUUUGGCAAGUUCAUCGAAGGCUGGUCUUCAAUGUCUGCAACUCCAAUCUCCAUUGCAAGUGAAAAAUAAGUGGCGACAACUAUUUGGAGCCCGAUGGUGACCUAGCCCGGCGGGUGGUUGCAGUCCAUGGCUGCAGAUUCUGCAGCAAAGCGCCACGAGACCAGUAGUUCGAGUGUACCGUCCACCACCUGCCUAAGCGGUGACUACCAAGAGUGCGUACCAAGGCAGCCGAAGCGCCGUCGGAGCUGUGGCGCUCCCAAAACAACCCCCAAUUCAAGUCGCACCACAAGUCAUCGAAUGAGAAGCACACCAGACUGGACGGUGCUUCCGCCUGAAGUUCUGGUCACCGUCUUCGCUCAGCUCCCUAUCGCUGACCUCGGGAGGGUUGCCUGCGUGUGCAAAGCGUGGAGCCGAGCCUCGCAGUGCCCGCAGUUAUGGCAGAAGUUUGAAUUCGUCCUUAGCAAUGCCGCAAAGUCUUGCUUGCCAGCAACUUCGACAGCGCUAAUUAAUUUCGUCCUAAAGAGACAUGCCAAGCAUCUCAAAUGCGUCAUCCUCAGGACGGACAGCUCCCUUGAAUCGGCGCAAAAAGCGUGUCACAUUCUCUCCAGGUUGGUGAAUUGCUCUCUGAAAACGCUGGCGCUCAUGAGCUCAGCGCGCCCGGUCUUUCUCGAUGUGGACCAAGAGUCUUUCGUAUCCGCGCUGACCUUGGUUCUGGACCACUCAAGGGCACUCAGCUCAUUGGCAAUAGACAACACACCGGUGGACGACCCGUCUCUCAAAGCGCUUGCGUUGUCCAACUCGCGGACUUUGCAGCUGCUGCGAAUGAAAUCAUGUCCAAGAGUUUCACCCGGAGGAAUCGUAGCUUUAGCAGACCAUUGUAGAUGUUUGCGAGAGCUGUCGUUGAGUUAUAACCUGUUGAGCGACAACCUCCUCAUGGCUCUUAGCUCUGAGGAGCAUGUUAGAUUGGAGUACCUGAGAAUUGACAUAUAUGGCGAAAAUGAUGCGCCUUUUAAAAGAGUAUCACCACAUUGUUGGAAGGCUUUGGUUGAACACUCUCCAAGUAUGAAUCUGGUGAUGUAUGUUUUUGUGCUACCUGAGGAGUCACUCGAGUCUUUGUUCACAUCCUACAUACCGGUGACACAUCUUUAUUUUGGAGACUCUUUGCCAAAGAGAGUUUUAGCCAGAAUAGGGAAACACUGUCCGCGGCUAAGAGAAUUAGUUGUUGGGGCCAAUGGAAACACUACCAUUGACUCGGAAUUGCUUGGAGUGGCUACGAAUUGUCCGCAACUCACUUCUCUUGGACUAGGUGAAUGUGAAGUCACUUGCUCUGCCUUUGUUGAAUUUGUCAGUCGGUGUGGGCCUAAGUUAAGGCAACUCAGUGUCAUGGAAGAGUGCUUGCUCGAAGAUGAGUUGCUUGACGUUAACAAAACUUGCAAACGUGUUUCCGAAAUCCUAGGGAGAGAGUGGUGCCCCGAAUUUAUGCCCAUUUGGUGAACGCAUUAGUGUCAUUGCAGUUUAUUAUAAAAGUAGAAUUAUUAAAUAUAAUAUAUGUUAAUUUUAAUUAUUGAGGACAAAUUUUCUUAUCUGGUCAAAAUUAAGUUGCAAUUGUCUGUACCUUUUAAUCAUAUUGUGGUUUAAACUUAUAAAAAAUUUAGCUGUUGAUUAUAGUUACUUUAUUAACUAUGGUGGAUAUAAAAAAUAUAUAUAUGGAAUGACAAAAAUAAGGAGCGCU